GAAGCUUUCUCAGUCAUCAACAUCUCGAAGAAAAGACUUACCUCUGACCUUAAGCAGCGUGUCAACUCAAUCUCAUUUCUCUGAACGGAGAUAAAUGGUGGCUUCUCUGAGACUCCCUUCUCUCACCUCCCUCCUGUUUCCCGCCACCACUCGUUAUCCGGCAGCUCUCCGGCGAACCGUAUGUCUACGGAACAGAACCGCUUCUGGAUUCGCGACGGCGCCGAGUGGCACUGCUUCGCCGGAGACUAAGUCGGAGGUUGGGCGGCUCAGGUCGGACCAAUCCGUCACGCCUCGCUCGCAGGACUUCAAUGCGUGGUACGUGGAUAUUAUCGCUAGCGCUGAACUCGCGGAUUAUGGUCCGGUUCGUGGUACUAUGGUCAUUCGUCCGUAUGGUUACGCGAUCUGGGAAGCGAUUCAGGAGUAUUUGAAUGUCAAAUUCAAGGAGACUGGCCAUAGCAACAUGUACUUCCCACAGUUUAUACCAUACUCGUUUAUUGAGAAAGAAGCUUCACACGUUGAAGGAUUUAGUCCUGAACUAGCCCUUGUCACUGUUGGAGGAGGAAAAGAACUUGAGGAGAAGCUCGUGGUUCGGCCUACCAGCGAAACCAUUGUGAAUCACAUGUUUACCCAGUGGAUUCACAGCUAUCGUGAUCUUCCUCUCAUGGUCAAUCAGUGGGCCAAUGUCACUAGAUGGGAGAUGCGGACAAAGCCGUUUAUUAGGACUCUUGAGUUUCUAUGGCAAGAAGGUCAUACUGCUCAUGCCACUCCCGAGGAGGCAGAAAAAGAGGCAAAACAGAUGAUCGAAAUCUACACCAGAUUUGCUUUUGAGCAAACUGCAAUACCUGUUAUUGCAGGUCGUAAAUCAAAGUUGGAGACUUUUGCUGGCGCUGACAUAACUUAUACUAUUGAGGCUAUGAUGGGAGAUCGGAAGGCUUUGCAGGCUGGUACCAGCCACAAUUUAGGGCAGAACUUCUCUCGUGCCUUUGGAACUCAGUUUCAAGAUGAGAAUGGAGAAAGGCAACAUGUGUGGCAGACAUCAUGGGCAGUCAGUACACGUUUUGUCGGUGGCAUCAUCAUGACUCAUGGAGAUGACAAAGGUCUCAUGCUUCCUCCCAAGAUAGCUCCAAUACAGGUAGUAAUUGUACCUAUUUGGAAAAAGGACACUGAGAAAGCAGGAGUUCUUAGUGCUGUAUCAUCAGUGAAAGAAGUUCUCCAAACAGCUGGGGUUAGAGUAAAACUUGAUGACACAGAACAACAAACCGCCGGAUGGAAGUUCAAUUUCUGGGAAAUGAAGGGAGUCCCUCUAAGGAUCGAAAUUGGUCCACGCGAUGUAACCAGUAACUGUGUGGUUGUCUCGAGGAGAGAUAUACCAGGAAAGGCAGGAAAAGUUUUUGGAAUAUCAAUGGAUCCAUCAACAUUAGUAGCAUAUGUCAAAGAGAAGCUUGAUGAGAUUCAAUCAUCGCUUCUAGAGAAGGCGAUAUCAUUCAGGGAUAGUAACAUUGUUGAUGUGACCUCAUACGAUGAGCUCAAAGAUGCAAUAUCUGCAGGGAAAUGGGCAAGAGGUCCAUGGUCAGCUAGUGACUCGGAUGAGGAAAGGGUAAAAGAGGAAACCGGUGCAACCAUUCGGUGUUUCCCUUUUGAGCAGAGUCAUGGAACCAAAACAUGCCUAAUGACUGGGAAUCCAGCAGAAGAAGUUGCAAUCUUUGCCAAGUCUUACUAAGGAGUAAGUAGGUCCACAAAGUGGUACAAGAUUCUGCAAGAGCGGAUAUAUCUAGUUAGGAAGGUGUGGGUGAACUUGCCCUCAGUAACUUUCUUAUGUUUUUUUGAAUUUUGUAAAGAGAAAUAUUGAAUGAUUGAAGAGUUCAAAAUUGCCAAUUCCUUGCGAUUUCAUAUUUAUAAUUUGUUUUAUUUCAUAAUUGCAACGCAAUUUUGUUGAUUUUCAUUUAUUGUUUAGUGUCACGUUUUUAGAACCUCAUGAACAGAAAGAAAGAAACAAAAAUAUUCAUACCGUCUCUUUAAUAGUUUAGAAAAGUUUUA